AUGGACCUCGGUACAAUGGGACGCAAGAUCAAACAACACUCUUAUAUGUCAAAAAAGGCAUUCUCAGACGAUCUGAAUCUCAUUUGGGACAACUGUCUAACCUACAAUACUGAUCCCAACCAUCAUCUUCGUCGAGCGGCACAAAUCAUGCGAAAGAAAGCAGACCAAAUCAUGCGCCGCAUUCCAGAUCGCCAUGAACGCUUUACUCCUAGCAUGAUUGAACGGUUCAAAUUCACUACUCCAGACUCUGCAACAGAGAAGCGAGGCGUUCUCACAAAUGGAAUCAACCAUGAUGGUUUCCGAGUCAAGAGAGAGGGCACACCUACAACCGGUCUGCUACGAGGCGACUCGGUCGUGACAGACCUGACCUCGGGUCCUGGUGCAGCGGAGGAUACUGCCUCUCUUGAUAUUGGUCCAUCGAACGACCAAACAGUCGCUAAACCGAGCGAAGAGGUUCGGUUUGAGGACACCCCCGCUCUGGAGCGCUCAUCAGAGGAUAUGGCGGUGUUUGCGUCCCUCGAUGCACAAUUGCAGGCCCUUCUGGAGAAUUUGAACAUUUCCGACCCAGAAUCUGCGUCGCUGGCUCUCCAGUCAAUGUCUCAAUUCAACAUGGAAGGGGCCGACCUUCACGAGCGAUUGAGGCAGCUGGCAGAAGAAGACGAGGAACCUGGGGUUGGAAGGCCGAAUCUGCCCGAGACUUCAGAUGAAGAGGUAGAGGUGCCUAUACUGGACGUUGUCGUCAAGCGAGAGAAUAGUGUCGAUUCUGCAACUAGCGAAGCUAGCAGGAAACGAAAGCGUCUCGAUACUAUAUCGAACCCUAGAAAACGGAGCAAACGGGAGAGACUGGCCGAGCGAACACUUUUGGAGAAUUGGUGGAUGGCCAUGGCAUCGUCAUCAUUGGCUGCCAAUACUAUCCCCCCCACAUUUGAUUCGGCUCAGAUGCCCAACCCUCUUCACCCAGCCUUCCGGCCAGCCAAUGCUUCAAGCCCCGAUGUCAUGGCCACCAGUCCAUCCAAGUACGCUGAACCACCAAGGAAAAGCAGGACUUUGCAUCGUCUCAUGUCAGAAAAUGUUCGUGUACGCAAGAGGGCGAGAGACAUUGCAAUCAGGAUCGCAGACCAGAUAGAGGAUGAAAAGCAGGGUGUCGAUCCAGAGGAUUUUAGCCCAUUGGUUCCAGCUGAAGCCGAGUCUUCUCACCAGAGCAGAAAACCAUGGGCGCAGCGAGCUGGCCUCCUACACCGGCGUCGCGAGCCCUACUUGGAGACGGAUAUUGGAGCCAUCGAAGCUCAGGAUUGUAUGGAGUCGGUCGCUAUGCUCGUUCUCCAGCAUGCAAACUUUGACAGCUCCUCUGUGAACGCUCUCAGAGUGAUGGGAGACCUCGUUGGACGCUGCAUCGAGAAUCUUGGUCGCUCUCUAAAAUUCUUACAUGAAACGCAUUCGAGAAAGAUGACUGGAGAAGAAAUGGUAUUGCAUGCGUUGUUCGCCAAUUCGAUAAGCAACAUGCACGAGCUCGAGGUGUAUAUCAAGAGCGAUAUUAUCAAAUACGGUGCAUCUCUCUCUAAUACUCUGACCUCUCUCGAGGAAGUGGCCGCGAAGAGGGAUGAGCCCGUCGACGAAGAUGCCAUUUUCAGGGAUGACGUAGAGGUCAUGGACGCUUUGGGACCUCUAGGCGAAGACAUAUACGGAUUCAGAGAUCUCGGACUUGAUACAGAGCUAGGUCUCAAAAGCCUCAGCGUUCCAAAGAAGCUACUCAGACCGAAGGCCAAAGCGGUCGCAGCUGCAGAGGGCGCCGAUCGUGAGGCAGUCAAGUAUCCUCCACCACCUUCAUACUUGCCCUUGGAGACACAACGAAUUGGGGCCCAGAUUGGUUUGCUUCGUUCAUACUACGAGACGCGAGUCUUGGCUCUCAUCCCACCGCCACCACCUCGACCAGUAGUGCCGGUACUCGCCGCUCCUGUUGUUCCUCGUCCACCUACUCCGCCUGCACCCGUCCCUACCGAGAGUGUUCCGGCAGAAUCAUCCUCACCUCAAACUCAGCCUCAGGAAGCUGCUCCUACCUUUGAUCCGUACAACCCAUCUGCACUUUUCAUUCAAGUACCCAAGUCCACACCAACAACUGCAUCUGCACCACCGAAAGCGCCGUCGCCCGUCAGGUCUGCAGAGAUGGAGCUUAUGCCCAUUGACGGAACAGCCGGCGCGGUUAUUCCCCUGGCUGAGCCACCCGUUCCAGCGGAGAUACCUCCCAUCCUCGAAGACGAUGUGCCAGAUCCUAGCCGUGUCAAAGUGGGUCCACUGGGCCAGAUUCAAGUACCCUCGGCGGCAACAGUGGCGAAGCAGAAGCGACAGCAUAAGGCUGCUGCUCAAGCAAAGGCUGCUGCUGCGGCUCCUCCUGGAACGCCUGUCGCAGCUCCUCUACAGUCGCCGGUCUCUGCGAGCAAACCUAAGAAAGUCACGCCAAAGAAACCCAAGCCAGCCACCGUCCCGUCUUCAUGA